UAUUCACCUAUCUAUAUGUUGUCAGCCCAGCACCAAAUCAAUUACAGUUUUCCCACCUGAAGUUGAGGCAGCCUUCUCAUCAGUUUCUGUUUUGUUCUCUUGUCGAGGAGAAUGUGCUGCGAACUGUGAUGUGCGCAGUAAUCUUUUGUGUGGCACUUCACAGAGUGCCUUUUGGAAAUUCAGUUGCUGUACAGGAUUAGCCACAACCCUCUUGAAUGGCAGAGCAACUCAAGAUUAAUAUCGUCCAUUUCUUUUGGUUUGAAGAAUGAGUACUUGGACCUGUCUGCAGUAUACGGUGCCAUGUACAGCGAGGUAGAUCCUUCUGCCGUGAACCAGGAUAGACUUUAAAAGUUGCAAUCCAUGCCCUUUAUGCCCCUUUGCAAUCAACAAAGUGCAGGAUUGGAUAAUGAAUACAUAUUGAACAUGAGAGAAACAUUUUUUGGGGAUUUUUAAUAAAAUGAGAAGACUGAGAAUUUUUGGUCCAGAGAUUGAGUUACUGUGAUUGAUUUUUCGAUCUGCUGCUUUGGCAUAAAACAUGAAUGUUGUUUAUGUAAAUAGAUCAAUGAAAUACGUGGAGAGGUUGCUGGAAAGAGGCCACAGAUUCUGGAGCCGAGCAAAUGUGAGGAUUGCAGAUGUGAGGCUGAAUGUGAAUAGAGUGAAGCCAUCUAUCGCAGGGCAUUGGGCAUGGCAUUUGAAUUGCUCAGUCCGACCAACGCUGUGCUUCGUUUCAGUGAGGGGAAGGGCCGAGCAGGCAGCUGAGAGGACAGAGGAGGAGAGAGAGGUGAUCAUAGCUGAAGGACUCGCGCUGAACGAGCCUCACUCAGUAGGGUAUCAGCUACUGAAUAAGCUCCCUUUUCAAGAUUAAUUCAUCCUUUGGGUCAGGCGACACCGACUCCGAGUAACCAUAAGGUGAAAUGAUGCUACUGUUCAAUAUCCUGGCUGUUUGCCUGAGCAUAUUCAUGGAUCGUGGUGAGCAUCAAGUGUUGGUCAAUGCACAACGGCAGAAGGGCGAUGGGACCUCGGCCAGUGUUCAUCAGAUUAACCACACUGUGCUGCUUCAACAGCAGUCAAUUAUCUUCAAUCACAUCUACAACAUCAACGUGCCACUUGUGUCGCUCUGUUCAGUGAGGGCAGAGAGUGCCCUGGGACGGGCUGAACCUUCCCCGCAGGAAUACGCUGCUGAAUACUUUGAACAAGCCCAGACCAUGGAGAGCCAGGUGGGCUUCACCCACAACAUCAACAUUCCCCAACAGGCCUGUGGUUGCCUGAGGAGCUCGCUGCUCAAGAAUCUCAUGGACCGCAUCGAGCUGCUGGAGAGAGAGGUCUCCAUGCUCAGACAAGAGUGCACGAGUGGAUACUCAGCAGCGAGCUUGGCAGCAGGGCAAGUUGAUUAUGCUCCCAUGUGCAGUGGGCAUGGGAACUUCAGCAUGGAGACUUGUGAUUGCAGCUGUGACCUCGGCUGGACAGGCAAGGGAUGCUCAGAGCUGCUUUGCUCGUCCAACUGCUCUGGGCACGGCACGUGUAUCAAUGGGCAGUGCGUCUGUGACCCAGGCUACCUGGGGCAGGACUGCAAUGACACGGGAUGUCCAAAUGACUGCAGUGGACACGGCCGAUGUGUACAGGAGGAAUGUGUCUGUGAGGAAACCUACAAAGGAGAGGACUGUAACCAGCUGAAGUGCCCCAAUGCAUGCUCGGGAAAUGGGCAGUGUGUUAAUGACUCCUGCCUGUGCUCGACGGCUUACACCGGAGAGGACUGCAACCAGUUGAGGUGCCUGAACAACUGCAGCGACAAUGGUCAAUGCAACGGCGGCGCCUGCUCCUGUCUGGAUGGCUACACUGGACAGGACUGUGCAACAGUUGCUCCACCGAAGUAUCUCCAGACCACCGAUGUAACUGAUCGCACAGUUGAUCUACAGUGGGAGGGUUCCUCAGAAGUCGCUGAGUAUUUCAUCACCUACCACCCGAUUAGCCCGGACUGGGUGCAAAGAGAGCUACAUGUUCCGGUGAAUCGGACAACAGCCACCAUCCAAGGAUUGGAGCCAGGCCUUGAAUACGUCAUUAAUGUCCACGCUGUGAAGGAUCAGCAGCUAAGUGAGCCCAUCAGCUCCCACCUCACCACCCAUUUGUCAACUCCUCAAGGACUUCGCUUUCAGUCUGUCACAGAGUCAGUGGUGGAGGUGCAGUGGGAUCCUUUCCAGUUUGCAUUUGAUGCUUGGGAGAUCAGUUUCAUUGCAAAGAGUAACGAAGGCGGAAUGAUAGUGCAGCUUCCUACGAUGGUAACGUGCUUUAAUCAGACGGGGUUGAGACCUGGUGAAGAUUACACAGUCAACCUGGUUGCACUCAAGGAGCAGAUGAGGAGCUUACCGGCAACAGCAACUGUUUCCACCUUAAUUGAUGGUCCAACUCGCAUCACCAUCAGGGAGGUCGCUGAUACCUUUGCUUUUGUGGAAUGGAUGCCUCCCAAAGCCUAUAUCGACCAUAUCCUCCUGUCAUAUGGGCUGACCAGUGGAACACAUAACAUGUCGAUGCUGAGACUGCAGCCCACACUGACCCAAUACUCCCUACAGAACCUGAGACCUGGCACACAAUACCAGGUGUCAGUAACUGGUGUUCAGGAACACAGACAAAGCCAGCCUGCGAUCGCUGUUUUUACCACAGAGAUUGAUGCUCCCAAAAACCUGCGUGUUGUGGCUCAAGGAUUCAGCAAGCUGGAUUUGGAAUGGGAUACCAGUCAAGCUGACAUUGAUAAAUACAGAGUGGUCUACAGCACGCUGGCAGGAGGACAGUACCAUGAAAUGAUCGUGCCCAAAAGUACAGGGCCAUCAAGCAAGAUCACACUGACUGAUCUACUGCCCAGUACUGAAUAUGGUAUCGGAAUAUCAGCUGUAAAGGAGACGAAACAAAGCGUUCCAAUCACCAUGAAUACAAGGACAGCCUUGGAUCCACCACAGGACAUCUCCUUCAGCAACAUCUCUCCAGAUUCGGUGACCAUAACCUGGCGCAAGCCCAGCGCUGCCUUUGAUCAUUACCAGAUGUUCUACCAUCCAGUCUCAGACCACUGGGAUGGCAUGGAGAGCGUGAACAUUUCGUCACUCCAGAAUGAGUACACCCUGAACAAGCUGCUGCCUGCAACUGAGUACGCGGUAAAACUGAGCACAGUUCAGGGGCUUGCCGAGAGUCCGCUCACAUCAUCCACCGUGCAGACAGCAAUGGACAGCCCGUUCGAUGUGCAAGUUGCCAACGUGACUCCAACUGAGGUUCAGCUGAUGUGGGCUGCACCUCAGGCCGCGGUGCAGAACUAUGUUAUUAUUGUGUCACGCAGCCAGGAUGUUGCAGACAAGAUUCUUAUCGAUGGGUCUGUGACACAGCAUCGACUGAUCAAUCUCCAACCAUUCACCAAUUACUCGGUCACCGUCUAUGCCACCAGGGGGUCCAUGACCAGUUCUUCUGUCUCCCUUCGCUUCUUCACCCCUCUGGACUCGCCGAAGUACUUGACAGCCAGUGAAGUGAGUCAGAAGAGUGCAAGGAUUUCCUGGCAAGCUCCUCUGGCUGAGAUUGAGAAGUAUGUGCUGUUGUACAAGGACAGCAUUGGGCAACAGAAGGAGCUGAUCCUGGAAGCAGAGGAUACGUGGAUACAACUGGAGAGCUUGUCAGAAGCAACUGAGUACACACUGAGGCUGCAGUCUGCACAUGACACCGUAAAGAGUUUACCAGUGGAGAUUGUGUUCACCACAGCAAGCAGUCUUUAUCCAUAUCCAUGGGACUGCACUCAACACCUACUUAAUGGAGACACAAUCAGUGGCAUCUAUACGAUCUACACCAACGGAAGGCCACAUCUAGCUGUGCAAGUGUUCUGCGACAUGGUGACUGACAACGGGGGAUGGACUGUGUUUCAGAGACGACGGAAUGGACUGACCGAUUUUUCACGGACAUGGGCAGAAUACCGCAUGGGCUUUGGAAACCUUGAAGAUGAAUUCUGGCUGGGACUGGAUAAUAUCCACAAGAUUUCAGCGCAAGCCAGAUAUGAUCUCCGGAUUGACCUGCGUGAUGGCCGUGAGUCAGUGUACGCAGUCUAUGAUCGAUUUUACCUCAGUGAUGCCAGGAAUCUCUAUAAACUAAGGAUCGGAGAUUACAGAGGGACUGCUGGUGACUCCCUCUCCUAUCAUCAGGGCCGCCCUUUCUCCACAAAAGAUCGGGAUAAUGAUGUUGCCAUCACAAACUGUGCCCUGUCAUACAAAGGGGCCUGGUGGUACAAGAACUGUCAUCGUGCCAAUCUGAAUGGAAAGUAUGGAGAGAAUCGACACAGCCAGGGUAUAAAUUGGUACCACUGGAAAGGCCAUGAAAUCUCUAUACCAUUCAUUGAGAUGAAGAUCCGACCUCACAGUUUUGAAGUAAUCUAGUGGAGAAGCAGGCAGCUAUUGUUUUUUAUUAUGAGCUUAACUUGAUCUUCAAUGCUUCUUAGUCGUGGCGUUUAAUUAAUGAACCAGUGAUUGUCGCUCAGGCUUCAUCCUAACAUAUGUUAAUUGCACCCCUGUCAAUGUCCUCGGCACUUUCUCCAAGAGCAAAGAUAUUUUGAUGAUCUGCUCGUGCUUCUUGGUGAAUUGAACCAGUUCUAGUGCAAAUCUCCCCAUGAGGCGUCAGUUUGUGUUGUAAUGUGGAUGUUCCUGCAGGAGCCACACUCCCUGCACAUCUUAAUCUUGUGGUCCACAUUGAGCGAGUGAAAAUGGACACUCUCUGGACAUUCUCCAGAGAGGACAUUCUCUUUUUCUGUAUCAAUCGACUUUCAAUUAAUUAAAUCAAACAAAAAGGUAGCUGUUGGAUUUACAAGUGUCAAGGGGUCAGAGAUGCUGAUGAGAACCAUGGAGCGAUUAAAUCAAUCAGUACAAAAACAAGCCAUGGUCCACCAUGUCCAUGCUGACUAUCAAAUACUCAUCUGCACAAAUCCUAUUUACCACCACUUGGUCUGUAGCCUACCAGGCCUUGGUGAUUCAAGUACUCAUCCAAAUAAUUUGUAGAUGUGAGAGUCUCCCUCAGGCAGCAUGUUCCAACCACCCUCUAGGUUAGAUAGUUCUUCCUCAGCUCCCCAGUAAGCCUCUUAUCCUAAACCUGUAUCAUCUAGUUUGUGAGAUAGAGUUAUACAGCAGGUAACAGGCUAUUUGACCAAACUAUUCCACAUCGACUAAGGUGCCUACCUGAGCUAGUCCUAUUUGCCUGCAUUUUGGCUCGUAUCGCUCUAAACCUUUCCUAUCCAUAUACCUGUUCACUUCCUCUGGCAGCUCAUUCCAUGCACCCUUCACACUCUGUGAAAACUUCCCCCUCAGGUCCCUUUAAAUAAUUCCCCUCUAACCUUAAACCUCUGCCUUUUGACUGCCAUACUAUUAGAGAAAGACUGUUCACCUUAUUUAUAGCCCUCAUUAUUUCACAGCCCUCCAUUAAGUGACCCCUCAGCCUCCUUCAUUCUAGAGAAACCAAAUCCAGCCUAUCUAACCUCACCUCAUAACUCAAGGUUCAAGUCCCACCAAUACCAUUGUGAAUCUUUUAUACACCUUUGUAGCUUAAUCACAUCCUCCCUAUAGGAUGGUGACCAGAACUGCAUGCAAUAUUCUAAGUGUGGUCUCACCUAUGUCUUGUGCAGCUGUAACAUGGCAUCCCAAUUCCUGUUCUGAAUGGCCCAACCCAUGAUGACAAGUAUCCCAUAAGCCUUCUUGAACACAUCCCAUAAGCCUUUCUCUGUCUACGUUUACCUUGGUGUCAUGUUUGGCACAGACAUUGUGGGCUGAAGGGCCUGUUCCUGUGUUACAUGUUCUUCCUCAAGGAAACACGUUGGUCCUCAAUUUUGACAAGCUGGCCAAUAACCAAUUCUUACUUGUCAGGACAAAAUGUGUAAGAAGAACCUGCAGAUGCUGGUUUAAACCGAAGAUAGACACAAAAAGCUGGAGUAACUCAGCGGGUCAGGCAGCAUCUCUUGAGAAAAGUCAGAUGUGGACUCGCUCACUAACAGCUGGUCCCAAUCGAUUCUCUCUAUCACCGUUGUUAUUGGCCAUUCUCCAAUUUAGCACUUUACACACACAAUUUAGCACUUCUUACCCAUAACUAUCUCAAAACUAGCGAUUUGACCACUGUUCCCAAAUGCUUUUCCACUGUAACCCCGAUUACCUGGCCAGUCACACUUCCCAAUAUAGUUCAAGAAUGGCCCCUUCCCAAAUUGGACCAUCUCUCCUUGUUUCAAGAGGUAUUCAUGAAUGUACCUAACAGAUUCUGCUUCAUUUAUGCCCCUGCCACUAAGGAAGUCCCAGCCAACAUUGGGGAAGUUAGAGUCAUCCACUUAUCUGUAGCCGUUGGCCAGCAAAGGUUUAAUGUCACUCUCCUAGCAAUAGCAAUCUCCUCCCUUAACUCCCACACCAGGCUGGGAUACAUCUCAUCAGACCUUGGGGAUUCGUCUAACUUUCAGUUCAACAAGAUAUGUAAUACCUCCUCCUUUACAAUGAAAACAUUCUUUAGAAUUUCACAAUCCCCUCUCUGAAUUCGUCAUAUACAAUGUCCUCCUCCUUACUGUAUGUAGAUGAGUAGUAGUUAUGCAAGAAGUAGUCAUCCCAUCCUCUGUAUCUAUGUUUAUAGAUUGCUAUUUUGGUCCAUUGUGGACAGUAGUUUUUCUCUGUUUCCCUUUUCCUCUUAAGAUGCUGAAAAAAUGAUGGUGUAUUUUCCUGAAACUUGUCCCCCAGUGAUAUUUCACAUCAUCUUGUUGCCCUUCUGAUGUAUUUAAGUACUCUGCUAUGCUAUGUAUACCACUGAUGUAUUAUGUUCUCUUUUCAUACACCAGAAGGC